CCUCCUUUUAUAUACAUCAUUGAUUGAUAUCCACAAAAUGACAUGUCUACAAUCCCAAAUAUCUGUACACUUGAUAUUGUAAGGAAAAGAAGACUAAUUGCACACACAAAAUUAUUGUCCUUUGACAUUAGGUCAGACACACAAAAAAAUUAAAAAAAUACCAACAACAACACUUAGACCAUUACUCCUUGCUUCCUCGUUUUCCUUAUUUUGAAAUUUUUUUUAUUAUCCAUUCUCUUUUGUAUUAAGAAAUGUUCAAUUUCAAGUGGCGCAAAAAAGCUCCUUUUUCCUACCUCAUGUCCUAAGCACUUUUUGGGACUAUAAAUUCACCUUCCACUCCCUUCACUUCUUCCACACACCAUUCCCAUUCCCAUUCCUUCUUUCAUUCUCUUUCUCUUCAUUCCUAAAACCACUUGCUUCCAAUCCAAAAAAAAAAAAAAAAAACUAGAACACUCUUUUGUCUUUCACCUUAAUUUGAAUAUUGAAACAUCCUAGUACUUAAGACACAAACAUCAAUCAUGGCUGCAAUUGUGUACCAUCCUGGAUUACAAACACAUCUUGAAUCUCAACUUGUUGAAUCAAGAACACUAAGGUUAAGAUUACCUUCUCCAAAACAUUCAAUUGAUUUACCCUUCAAAUCAUGUUUUCGUGAUUCAAACAUCAUCAAAACUCAUCAUCAUGAAGAAAACAUUCACAAAACAGAAACUUUUCAAACCAAGCCUAACAAUGGUGGUUGGAAUUUCCUUGAUGCUCUUCAAAACACAUCAAAAAAAGAAACAACACCCACCACAACCUAUGUUCAUCCUCAACAAAAAUGUUCCUCUUUGAUUCUAAGUCCAAAGAGUCUUGAAUUGUGCACAGAGAAUCUUGGUAAUGAGAGUGGUACUGACAUUGUAGAAAAUGACAUGUUGUUGUCUUUAAUGGGAACAAUGGAGGAACAAAAACAACCUUGUCGUCAAGUUUUAGCAGCUACUAAGAAAGUGAAAACUCAUAAUUUUCCACCACCUUUGACAACGAUAAGAGGAUCGGAAUCUCUUCGUGUUAGACCUCACCGUGAAGAUGGAAGGUUAGUGAUUGAAGUUACUAAGGUUCCACCAAGUACUUCUUGCUUUCAAGCUGAUCGAAGCAAUGGCCGCCUUCGCCUCUGUUUUUUGACAAAUGAAACUACAAGUUUGGACCCAGAAGAAGAUCAAGAACAAGAAGAUGUUGAUGAUGAUAUCAUAGAUGAAAAUGAAGAACAACACAAUGAAGAAGAAUUUUUUGAAAAUAAAACGAUUGGUGGAAAAAUACAAGAUUUUGAAGAAGAAACAGAGGAUAAAACAGAGGAAGAAACAGAGAAGAAUAAAACAGAGGAUGAAACAGAGGAAAAAGUAGAAAGUGUUGUUGUUGCAGCAUGUGAGGAGAUGAAAGGUAGUGACGUAAGAAUGGGAAAGUAUGAGAGAGUUAGAAGAUGCAAAGAAAAUGGUGAAAAUGAAAACAAAGAAUUGUUAAAUUGGGGUGAGACUCAUUGCCAUUGGAUGGUUACUACUUCCUAAAACUAUGAUAUUUUAAUUUUAGUUUAUAUUUAUCUAUGUAUAAAUAAAAGAGAAGAUUUAAAUAUAUUUGUCCUUUUUGUGAAUUGAUCUUGUUUUGUUUAAUGAAUUUCCCGUGUGUUUUUUUGUUGUGACAUAAACUAUGGUCCUGUUCUGGUUGGUAGUUAUUAUCGUUACUCUGUUUCAAGGAGAUAUACAGUAUAGCAAGAAAACCGCACGUUUUGAAUGCCCUUAGUUUAGUUGGUUAAGAAUUUUACGAAUAUAUGGAUAAGGGUAGGGUGAUUAACUUUUGUUAAGUAUAGCAAAAAUACAUGAUACUAUAUAUGAGAGUGAAAAUGAUGUAUAGGGGUUGAAAAUGAAUGUGCUAUGAAAAAUGAUUCAU